UGAAAUAUUAAAAAACAUAAAAUAUUUUUGAUUAAAGCAUAUAUUAUUUGCAAGAUUUAAAUUAUUAAAUUAUAAAAAAUCAUUCAUUUUAAUAAACAAAAAUUACAAAUAUUAUAAUAUACUUCAUUUGUAUGUAUAAACGAGUCUUAAAUAUCGUUAUGAUAAACGCCAUUUUGCUAAUAGUUUUAUAGAGCGUGGUGUUGGAUAAACGUUCGCUGUCAAUUAAAAUUAAUUUGUGAUUCUUUUCAAUUUAUAGACUAGCAAAGUUUUUAUUUUAGACUAAAACCAUGUCUAAUGGAAGUGGAGAUCAUGAUGACGAAGGUUAUGUUGUUAAAUUACGUGGACUUCCAUGGUCAACUACUGUUGAUGAAAUCAUGAAAUUCUUUAGCGAUUGUUCUAUUACGAAUGGUAAAAAUGGUGUUCAUAUGACAAUGUCACGAGAAGGACGUCCAAGUGGAGAAGCUUAUGUAGAAAUGGAUACACUUGAAGAUAUUGAGAAAGCUUGCAAACGAGAUAGAGAUCACAUGGGACAUCGUUAUAUAGAGGUUUUUAAAGCAAAAAGAGGUGAAAUGGAGUGGGUAGUCAAAAGAAGUGGUAUGAACCUAGAAAAUGCUAUGGAUGAUGGUUGUGUGAGAUUACGUGGUCUACCAUUUGGCUGUUCUAAAGAAGAGAUUGCACAAUUUUUUUCAGGGUUGGAGAUAUUGCCGAACGGGAUUUCACUACCGACAGACUACACGGGCCGCAGUACUGGGGAGGCUUACGUUCAAUUUGUUAACAAAGAUGUUGCGGAGCGCGCUCUGCAGAAACACAAGGAAAAGAUAGGACACAGAUACAUCGAAAUCUUCCGAAGCAGUUUAUCUGAAGUACGUGCUAGUAUUGGUCCGAAAAUGCGAGGACCAAUGGGAGGUUUCAAUCAGAGACCUGCUCCUUAUGACCGUGGUUCCCGUUUUGGAGGAAUGAAUCGUUUCAGCAAUAAUAGUAGAGGUUCUAGAAAUAGAGAUUUUGAUGGUGGUCCAUGGGGAAGUGGUAAUAAUUUUGAUUCACGUGGAGGAAGUAUGGGAAUGAGAGGAGGUUUGGAUAUGAAAGGUGGAAAUUUCAGAGGUAGCGGUGAUACAUGGGGUGGUAAUUCCGGUAUUCAUAGUAUUCACAUGCGUGGUUUGCCAUUUAAAGCUACCGAACAAGAUAUUGCUGAUUUCUUUAGACCUAUUGAACCAGUGAAUGUACGAAUUAUUCUUGAAAAUGGUGGACGUCCUUCUGGAGAAGCUGAUGUGGAAUUUGCAACCCAUGAAGAGGCUGUUAAAGCUAUGUCCAAGGUUAAUUAA